CUGUGAACGUCACAUGAAUAUAAACAGACGCACGCGAUGCAGCCGUUUGAGGUUAUCGACCUUACGGAUUAUAUAUCAAAAUAUACGUUUAUAUAAAGGACAAAUCUGCCCCCCACCCCCCUCGGGCGCUCUAUUCUCGGUGUCCCUACACCUGAAACGGACUCCAGUUUGACGAACACACACUCAGGAUGGUGUCGUACAAGCGGCUGAACCCCGAAGAUGUUCAGUUUUCCGGCACCUCUUUGUCAGAAGAGCCUCGUCCCGCGCAGGAAGAAGUUCCCGCGGCGGCGGUCGAGGACGCGUCCUUGCUUCCCCGCAGGCCGCCGUGCUCCAUCACCACGGGCCUCCUGGUGGUCGGCGCCCUGCUGCUGCUCCUCUGCGGAGGCUGGCUCCUGGGCACCAUGUUCUGGCUGCACCGCCCGUCCAACCAGCAGCCGCACCGGCACCCGCUGCCGGCACCCGGCUCUCAAACGCCGGACUCUCUGGUGGGGACGGGCGUGAACGACACCGCGGCCGCUUCCCGCCGCGUGGCCUGCGGCGUGAUCCCCGAGGCGUGGCGCUUCGACUGCUACCCGGAGAGAGGCGCGGUGGUGACCCGAGAGCUGUGCGAGGCGAGGAGCUGUUGCUUCAUCCCGGCGUCGUCUCGCCCGGCGGGGAGAAACGGCAUCCCGUGGUGUUUCUACCCUCGGGACUUCCCUUCCUACUCGCUCGUGUCGAUGAACGACACGUCGACGGGACAGAAAGGUACGCUGGUCAGGGAGGUGAAGACCUACUACCCGGCAGACGUCCUCACUCUGGAGGUGGAGAUACGGCACGAGACGGACACGCGGCUCCGCGUCCGGAUCACCGACCCCUCCAGUCCGAGGUUCGAGGUUCCGAUCUCGGUCCCCGCCGCCACCGAGAAGGCCGACAGUCCGGCGUACGUGGUGGAGCUGUCGAGGCGUCCGUUCGGCCUCAUCGUGAAGAGGCGCUCCACGGGAGUCGUGCUUCUCAACACCACAGUGGCGCCGCUCUUCUACGCCGAUCAGUUCCUCCAGAUGUCCACCUCGCUGCAGAGCCGCUUCAUUUACGGCCUCGGGGAGCACCGCUCCGCCUUCCUGCACGACCUGCAGUGGAACACGCUCACCAUGUGGGCCAGAGACGUGCCUCCUACGGAGCAGACCAACCUGUACGGGGCUCAUCCCUUUUACCUGGCGAUGGAGGACGGAGGCGACGCACACGGCUUCUUCCUGCUGAACAGCAACGCAAUGGACGUGGUCCUCCAGCCCGCCCCGGCCCUCACCUGGCGCACCAUCGGUGGAAUCCUGGACUUUUACGUCUUCCUCGGUCCCGAUCCCGCUUCCGUGAUCGGACAGUAUGUGGAAGUCAUCGGCAACCCGUCGAUGCCCAUCUACUGGGCUUUGGGCUACCAUCUCUGUCGCUGGGGCUACAACACCAGCAAUUCCACCUGGGAGGUUGUCAAGCGCUUGAGGAAUUAUGGGAUACCCCAGGACGUUCAGUGGAACGACAUCGACUACAUGGACCGGUUCCUGGACUUCACUUUAGACCCGACGAAGUUCGCCACGCUGCCGGAUCUGGUGAAGGACCUGCACGCUCACGACCAGCGCUACGUCAUGAUCCUGGACCCGGGGAUCAGCAGCGUGCAGCCCGAGGGCGCCUACUGGCCGUACGACGAAGGGCUGAGGAGAGACGUUUUCAUUAAAGAUGCCGAAGGAAAACCCCUCAUAGGGAAGGUGUGGCCCGGGCUGACGGCAUAUCCCGAUUUCUCUGACGACGUGACGCACGACUGGUGGUUCGACAACCUGCAGCGGUUCCACGAGAAGGUGCCGUUCGACGGCUUGUGGAUCGACAUGAACGAGCCGUCGAAUUUCCUGGACGGGUCCACCGACGGCUGUCCGUCAAACAGUCUUGAGAAUCCUCCGUACACACCCGGCAUCCUCGGAGGUUUGCUGAGAGCUAAAACCUUAUGCGCCUCCGCGCAGCAAAAGCAGUCCAUUCACUACAACAUGCACAGCCUGUAUGGACUCAUGGAAGCCAAGGCGUCUGCGAGCGCUCUGAAGCGGAUCCUCGCCAAGAGGCCUUUCGUCAUCUCCCGCUCCACCUUCCCCAGUCAGGGGAUGUACUCGGGUCACUGGCUGGGAGACAACCGGAGCCAGUGGAAAGACCUGUACACCUCCAUAGCGGGCAUCUUGACCUUUAACCUCCUCGGCAUCCCGCUGGUGGGCGCCGACAUCUGCGGCUUCAGCGAGGAGCCGCAGGAGGAGCUCUGUGUCCGCUGGACGCAGCUGGGAGCUUUCUACCCCUUCGCACGCAACCACAACGCCAUCGUCAUGAAGCCUCAAGACCCGACGGCGUUCGGCCCUCUGGCGCGUAAGGCCAUGAAGGAGGCGCUGCUGCUGCGCUACUCCCUCUUCCCCAUCCUGUACACCCUCUUCCAUCACGCGCACGUGCACGGACACACUGUCGCGCGGCCCUUAAUGUUCGAGUUCCCAAAAGACGUGCGGACGUACGGGAUCGACAAGCAGUUCCUGUGGGGGAGGAGCUUGUUGGUGACGCCGGUGUUGGACCCGGGCGUCGACUACGUGGACGGUUACUUUCCAGAGGGCCUGUGGUACGACUACUACACGGGCGACUCUCUGCUCAGCGCGGGUGAAGACCUUCGCCUCCAAGCUCCUCUAGAUAAGAUCAACCUGCAUCUGCGCGAAGGCUCAAUUUCACCGACGCAGGCGCCCAACCUGACGCUGUGGGUGAGCAGCGGUCAGCCUCUCCAUCUGGUCUCGGCUCUCUCCGACGACGGCUCCGCCAGCGGAGAUCUGUUCUGGGACGACGGCGAGAGCAUCGACGCCUACGAGAACGACCUGUACUCCUACAUCGUCUUCGACGUCGCUCAGAACGCGAUGACGUCACGGGUGCUCCACAGCAACGUGGAGGCCACGUACAUCACCGUGGAGACGGCCUCCUUCUACGGCGUGAAGCAGAAGCCCGGCAGGGUGCUGGUGAACUCCCAAGAUGCAACGUUCACCUACAGAGACAACCAGGUGUUGACCGUCGGAGAUCUCGGUCUCAACCUCAGUCGGAACUUCACCAUCAGCUGGAUGUAACGAACCGGAUGUUUUCAUUGGCUGCUGAAGGCGCACGCCAGUGCAGUUUAAAAAAAAAAAAAUUGUUUUUAGGACACGUUUCUGUCUCUGUAGUCCAGAACCUCGGGGGUUAAACGGAACAAUAACUGAGGUCAACGUGCUCAUUUUUCACAUUUGCUCUCGUCAACCUUUUUUAAACCCACGAAGACGAUUCCCAUCCAAACGCCCUCGAAUUAGAGCCGAGUCGGCUCUUUAAUCUCAAGAGUUAUUGUCGCGUUUCGUAUCUCGGGUGCAGAAACAAAAAAACAAAACUACUGACCUUCAGAAGUCUUCAAGAGACGGCUUUAAACAUCUGUGUGGAAAACCUAAUGUAACUUAUCUCCCAGCUGUCAUCGGAUUUCAACAAAAAGCUUGUUUGUUGUGUUGGAACCUUUUUUUUUUCUUCUUUUUUUUUAAAUAUAAACGUGUCUCUUUUAUUUCAGUUUUAUUUUAUUUUUUUAAUUCUCAUCAGCAGAAAUGUUUUGUGCAAUAAGUGAAAUGAACGCGUGAGUCCAAACAUAGUUCACGAUGUGUGUGUGUGUGUGUGUGUGUGUGUGUGUGUGUGUGUGUGUGUGUGCGUGUGUGUGUGUGUGUGUGUGUGU